AUGGCUUCGACCCAAGUUCAUCCCGCUGGCCAGCCAGACUGGAACAACCUAGAUAUUCUGCACAAGAACACACUUCCCCCACGUACGAACUUCUACGUCUAUAACUCUGCCAAGGAUGCCUUGUCCUACGACAGCUCCAAGUCUCGAAUUCACUCCCUCUCGGGCGUCUGGAAGUUUAGCCACUCCAAGAACCCAUUUGAGGCACCAGAGGGAUUCGAAGACCCAUCAUUCGACACAACGAAAUGGGACAACCUGACGGUUCCGAGCAUGUGGCAGCUCAAUGGCUACGGAAAGGGGCCCCACUACACCAACGUCAACUUCCCCAUCCCUGUUGACCCACCAAACGUGCCUUUUGACGAUAACGAGACUGGGUCCUACGUGAAGAAGUUCACAGUUCCUGAGCACCUCCGGGGGUCCCAGCUCAGACUAAGAUUCGAGGGCGUGGACUCGGCAUUCCAUGUUUGGGUCAAUGGCAAAGAGGUUGGCUACCACCAGGGAUCGAGAAAUCCCUCCGAGUUCGAUAUUACUAGCAUCGUGAACGAGAAUGGCGAGAAUACCGUUGCUGUGAGGGUUUAUCAGUGGUCUGACGCCACUUACAUUGAAGAUCAGGAUCAAUGGCGAAUGAGUGGAAUCUAUCGGGAUGUACACCUCCUUGGAUUCCCGGCCAAGUCACGGGUGGAAAAUCUUUUCGUCCAGACAAAGCUGGACAGCCAGUACUUGAACGCCGAGUUCAAGCUCCGCGUAGAUGUCACCGGUUCUGGCAACCUAAAAGUCGAACUCUUCGACCCCAAGAAGAGCGCAACGGUGGCAAGCGGCACGAAAGCUGUUUCAGGGGGUUCAGCCGACUUCUCGUUCCCUAUCGAGAACCCAUCCAAAUGGACGGCUGAAACUCCAACACUCUAUCACCUCCUGGUCUCACUUGACGACGCCAGCUUCAUUGCUCACCGCAUCGGGUUCAAGCAGGUAGAGAUGAAAGAUGGCCUGAUCAAGGUCAAUGGUAAGCGCCUUGUUCUCAAGGGUGCUAACCGCCAUGAGCAUCACCCCAAAUUUGGUCGUUCUGUCCCGUAUGAGUUCCUCAAGAACGAUCUCAUGCUCAUGAAGACACAUAACAUCAACGCAAUCAGAACGUCUCAUCAGCCGAGUGACCACCGCUUAUAUGACUUGGCCGAUGAGUUAGGUUUCUGGGUCAUGGACGAAGCUGAUCUCGAGUGUCAUGGUUUCGAGUCGAUUGCGGAUGGAGCUCUUUCGGCCGCUGAUAGAGCGCUUCCUUUCCGGGAGCGCCAGCUCUUGACGCGGAAGACUGCAGCACAGUGGACUACCGACAACCCAGCAUGGGAGAAAGCUUACGUCGAUCGUGCUCAACAGCUGGUUCACCGUGAUCAGCUACAUGCUUGCGUCACUAUCUGGUCCCUAGGAAAUGAAGCCUUCUUUGGAAGAAACUUCAAGGCCAUGUACAACUGGAUCAAGUCUUACGACGACAGUCGGCCCAUCCACUACGAAGCUGACAUCCAUGCUGAGACCAUGGACAUGUACUCAAGGAUGUACCCUCCUGUCGAAGAAAUUGUCAAAUUCGGAGAGGACGACAGCAAGACCAAACCUCUUGUGCUGUGCGAAUACGUACAUGCCAUGGGCAACGGACCUGGAAACAUCAAGGAAUACGUUGAUGCGUUCUAUAAAUACCCAAAGCUCCAGGGAGGCUUCGUCUGGGAGUGGGCAAACCACGGUCUUCUGACCAAAGAUGAGACGACCGGAGACGAGUUUUAUGCGUAUGGUGGUGACUUUGGCGACGUGCCAAACGACUCCAACUUUGUCAUGGAUGGCGUCUUGUUCUCCGAUCACACACCCACACCUGGCCUCAUUGAGUACAAGAAAGCGCUGGAGCCGAUCAAGGUUGUCUCCUACACGAGUCAAAAAGCAACCAUUGUGAAUCGAUACGACUUCAUUACUCUCGACGACGUGGAGUGUAGCUAUCAGAUACUCGACGAUGGCAAGGCCACUUCUCAAUCGGGAACCAUUGAGCUACCGUCUGGGCUUCAGCCAGGUCAGACUGCUGAUCUCUCUCUUCCGUCACCAUCAUCUGAGCUCAAGGGCGAAGUCAUUGUCCAGCUGUUCUUCCGCCAGCGUACCGACACCUUGGCUCUACCAAAGGGCUUCGAGAUUGCCUUUGAUGAGAUACCUCUGAUCGAGCGCUCUAUUCCCCUGAGCAUUCAGCCCAAGUCUUCAGCCAAGCUUCACAUCACUGAGACACCAAGCCUCCUCACGAUUGCCUCUGACAGCACAACCUGGACCAUCUCGCCAAUUGAUGGCAAGCUCCGCUCAUUGACCAAGAAGUCAGCAUCCUUCCUCGCCAGCAGCCCGGAUCUGACCUUUUGGCGGGCCCCUACGGAUAAUGACGCGCCUCAAGACGGAUGGGACUGGAAGGAGCGUCUGCUUCAUCUCGCCAAGACUCAUACUCGAGGGAGCUCGUGGGGCUCAUCAGAUGACGGCAGUCUGUUCACUGUCAACGUGAAACAGCAGUUCCGCCCGCCUGUUCUCUCCUGGUCAAUUGACUUGGAUAUAACAUACACAUUCCAUGCGUCGGGCACCCUCUCUGUUCGAACAAAGGGUACGCCAAGGGGUGAGAACCUGCCGCGCACGCUCCCUAGAAUCGGAUUCACUAUGGAACUGCCGAAGGAGUGGGCUGGAGGAGAUGACAAGGCCCCUGUAACGUGGUACGGACGUGGCCCCGGGGAGAGCUAUAGCGACAAGAAGCUCUCUCAGCGUCUCGGUGUAUACAGCGUCUCGGAGGUAUCGCAGCUCUGGACAGACUAUGAGUUCCCACAGGAGGGCUCAAACAGGACGGAUACGCGCUGGGUCAAGUUCACCCACAAGGGCGGAGAGACGGUCACUGCGCAGUUCGCGGAUCUGCAGAGCACCGCAGCUGAGAAGAGCAGGAAGCUGUUCGACUUCAACGCCUCGCACUACCGCGUCGCGGAUGUCGAUGCUGCAAAGCACCCGUACGAGCUGCACAAGAAGAGAACGGAGAACGUCGUCCUCCGGCUCGACGCGGCGCACCACGGCCUCGGCAGCGGUUCCUGUGGACCUCGCACCCGUGAUGAGUACGCGCUGCUCACCAAGGAGUUUGAGUUUGAGGUCUUGCUGGAGUAA